AUGUGGAAGUGUCACAAGUGUGGAAAGCCUGUCUACUUCGCGGAGCGCAAGCAAUCGCUUGGUUAUGAUUGGCAUCCAGAAUGUUUACGGUGCGAGGAGUGUGGAAAGCGACUGAAUCCAGGUCAACAUGCCGAGCAUAAAGGAGUGCCUUACUGUCAUGUGCCAUGUUACGGCGCGCUCUUCGGACCGCAGUUGUUUGGACAUGGCACACGUGUGGAAUCACAUAAGAGCUAUGGCGUAAAGGGAACACAGCGAUCCGGUAUUGGUAUUGGAGGGCCAGUUUUACCCAGAGAUCAUUUAGAAAGCAAGUUAAAGGUCUACAACCAAUUCUAUGACAAUAAAAGCAUGGAAAUACGGAGUCGAGAAGUGAAUAACCGAUUAAUUCUUGAAGGCGCACUGCGUGUUUCCUGGGGCGUACACGGCGUGAUACAUCUUAAAGAAGAUGAUGAUCAGCGUAUGAUUGUUGUACGCAAACGAAAUUCCAAGCGCAUAUCUAAGGCAGCUGAAGAUAGUCCAUCGGAUAAGGAAAACGAUGUUAGUGAAUCAUUGGGAGCGCCCACUACCACAAGUGAGGUAGAGAACCUCUCAACAGAUAUUUCAUUGUCAGAGAGCAUGACUUUUGAUUCCUGCAGUUUAAAUGAGUAUCCGUUGACGGACCUACCCACAACACCAGAGGAAGCUUCCGCAAACACAACCGGCACAACGGAUGGGGCAGCGGUUCCUUUGAUAAAUAGCACCAAUGGAAGUGCCAAUGAUGAAAAAUCGGAGUCGACAAGUACCCUGUGCGGCACCGAUACGACCAUUACAACUGCAUCCACAAGCUGUGUUUCUACAACUUUGCCUUCAAAAUUGGAUAAUUUGGACAAAUUAGAAUGGGAUGAAAUAGAUGAUCUGCUGCAGGUUGAACGCCGCAUUAGCGAAAAGGAUAAAAUUUACGAAACGAUGCCCGUCAAAUUGCCAUCGUCGCAAACGUCUUCCAGUGAAAGCUCGCCAUCAAAAACUAUUUCAGCUCAUAAUCUCACCGAAAGCACCAAUACCACCAGUGAAGUGCCAUCCCCAUCAACUCCCACGUCUGCUUCUACAACCAACAAUAACAGCAAUAGCAACAGCGAGGGCAGUAGCACAUCUUCAGACAAUUUUGUUACUGCCACCUCGGCGACAAUAAACUCAUCUAUUUCGGGCACUACCAGCACAACUACAACAACAACGGUGGAUAAUUUUGAGUCCUCUGAUGAUGCUACUCUUAAGCCAAUGGAUUAUGAGGAAUUUAAGCGUAGUGUUCAUCUUGAUUAUGUGAAUGGAGCCAACUCAUUUCGUGAUCCCAAAGAGGACUCGCUAAAACGCAACCAACCAAUCGAUCCGUCAAGGAUACACGAUUCCCUCAAGCUAUAUGGCGAAAGUGCAAUGAGCAAAAGUUUCAACUGUGAACAUGCAUUACGCUCAAUCGAUGCUAAUUUAAUUAACGAUACUCUUCAUUUGAAGAGCGGCACUGCCAGUCCACAUUCGAUUCAGCGAAUGUAUGCCUUGCAGAAAAGUGGCUCAGCCUCCACAGCCACUGGCGGAAAUCAUCAAAAUCUAUCGCCAUACUAUCAACGAUAUCAAAACUUCGACAAAGGCAUCAACCGUUCCAAAUCGGGACCAUCGUGCUUUGAUUACUCCGAUAGUGAUGAUGAUUCCACAUUAAAGCCACAACAAUCGGCAACAAUACGCCGCAGUGAUGUGCCCUCACGUUAUGUGAAAAUCGAAAUGGAUUGCUAUCCCAAGGAGAGAAAAACGAAAGAUGAUGAAAAGGAGAGCGUGAGUGAAGCUGAUUCCAGUCGCACUGAAGCGCCUUCAAUUACAGUGACGAAUAGUGGUACUGCUGGUGGUGAUGAACUGACGCAAACUGAAGAUAUGGUUACUGCUAGCGAGGGUAGAGGUCUUGGUGUUGCACACAAUGUCGAUGACGAUGAUGCAGAACCACCGCUGCAUGUUACGGAAGAUGGUGUAGUUUUGCGGCGUCCACCGCGUACGGGCGCUGCAGCCAUAAAGCGGCGUAGUGGAAACAGAAGAUCGCGCACCAAAUUGAAGCGGCGUUGUUCUAUUAAUGGCCACUUUUACAAUCGCGAAACAUCGUUCUUCACACCGCCCUAUGGCUCACAAAUGUCUGUGUGGGUCACAUCGUUGGUCACCACAACUGAAGUCAUAAACCUAUUACUCGAAAAAUAUAAAGUUGAUAGUGCGCCGGAGAAUUUUUCGCUAUUCAUUGUACGCGAUAAUGGCGAGCAAAAACGCUUGAAAGAGACUGAUUAUCCGUUGGUGACGCGCGUCAUGAUGGGGCCGCAUGAGGAUGUGGCACGUUUGUUUCUUGUCGAUGCAAAGAAGACAGACGAAAUAAGUAAUGAGGUUGCUCAGUUUAUAAACCUGUCCCUGCCAGAAUGCCGUGCAAUUUUAGAACGAUAUGAUGAUGAGUUGGAGCGCGAAGUGGCUAAAGUUAGAGAAAGAUAUAUUGAAUUACGUCGCCGCAUAAUCAAUCGCAUGGAAUCUCUUAAAGUUCACUUAUAAAUGUGCUCAAUGCUCGUUGGGAAAAUGAUUUCUGCGUAUUUUAAAUGAUAAGAUUUUGUCUCAAAUUAUAAUUUACGCCCUUUUGGGUACGUUCUGAAUUGGUUGCAAAUGAACAAAUAUUUAUGCACAGAUAAAUACGAGCUUCUAAAGUUUUAACCUUUUCGAAUAUUUUGUUAUUAUUAAUUGAACUUACCUUAGCAAAAUAGUGCUGCUGUAUAAAACGUUCACAAUUUGCAGUUAAACUUAAUUUUUUAGUAAUAACUAUUAAUGCAUUUAUAUAAAAAUAAAACUAAAUUUACUUCAAGAAGUGCUUUUUCAAAUAUCUAAUCACACCGCUAAUUUAAAUCCCUUUACGGCUUUAAGUAUUGCAAUAAUUUUAUAUAACCAGCGCCGUUCCCUCAAUUGAAAUCUAAAUACAAGUAUUAUUUUAGAUAAAUUUUUUUCGUCUUGUCGCAUUAUAUGCGCAUACAAAUUGAAUAACCACUAAAGAAUGCCAUUUUUUCUCCUAUGAAAUUACUUGAACAUAUCUUUAUAUAAUCUAGAUACUUGAUUUGUUUACUUAUCUUUAUGUGUAAUAGCGUUCAUUAACCAAAAAUUUUGUUUAUCAUUUAGUUAUUAAGAAUGUAUUUUUCAAUUGCAUAACAUACAUAUAUGUAUAAUCAAAUCUUUUUCUUAUUUGCAAUUUAUAAAUUAGCAUAAUUAUUUUCUUUAUAAC